AUGGACGGCCUGCACAACGAUGCGGUGGUGAUCUCUGGAAGGAAGCUGGCCCGGCAGAUCAGGCAGGAAGCCCGGCACGAGGUUGAGCAGUGGGUGGCGGCUGGAAACAAGAGACCUCACCUCAGCGUCGUUCUCGUCGGCGAAAACCCAGCCAGUCACUCCUACGUACUGAACAAAACCAGAGCGGCUGCUGACGUCGGAAUCAGCAGUGAAACCAUCCUCAGGCCGGCGUCUAUUACGGAAGAGGAGCUGCUGGAUCUGAUCAGCAAACUCAAUAAUGAUGCCAACGUGGAUGGCCUGUUAGUACAGCUUCCCUUACCUGAACACAUUGAUGAGCGCAAGAUUUGCAACGCUGUGACUCCAGACAAAGAUGUUGAUGGCUUCCACGUGAUAAACGUGGGGCGCAUGUGCCUUGACCAGUACUCCAUGCUGCCAGCUACCCCCUGGGGCGUGUGGGAGAUCAUCAAGAGGACUGGCAUCCCAACGCUGGGGAAGAACGUGGUGGUGGCUGGCAGGUCGAAGAAUGUGGGCAUGCCCAUCGCCAUGUUGCUGCACACGGACGGACGGCACGAGCGCCCAGGAGGUGAUGCCACGGUCACAAUAUCCCACCGCUACACUCCCAAGGAGCAGCUGAAGCAACACACCAUCCGUGCUGACAUUGUGGUGGCAGCAGCAGGCAUUCCCAACCUGAUCACAGCCGACAUGAUCAAAGAAGGAGCUGCAGUUAUUGAUGUGGGGAUAACACGAGUGCAGGAUCCCGUCACUGCCAAGUCAAGGCUGGUUGGGGACGUGGAUUUUGAAGGGGUGAAGAAGAAGGCCAGCUACAUCACCCCUGUCCCUGGAGGAGUUGGGCCCAUGACCGUGGCCAUGCUGAUGAAGAACACCAUCAUUGCCGCCAAGAAGCUGCUGAAACCCAAAGAGCUGGAAGCCUUAACAGCUUAACCUGGGACUCUCCUUAGCACUGAACACGACAUUCCAGAGUGACUCCCAAACAGGCCGAUAGAAAAAUGCAAUAUUUUUAUUUAUUGUGUUGGAAGUGGAAUUUCCUACUCUGAGGUCAGAGGUAUUUAUUGGAAGCUGAAGCGUAUGCACGUUAGUCGUACUGAGGUGUGAUUAUCUACACUCCUGGCCUCCUCAUGCUAGCAAAGCUGCUUUCUGUCCAAGCCAGCCCCCCUUGGAUGCUGUCCUUCCCCGUGUUGGGGGGUACCCAGCAUUGGGGACCCUGGUGGGGGGUUCCCCAGGAGCUCGGUGUGGCCUUAGCGAGCCCAUGGCAAGCAGAGCGCUGGCUCCGCCGUGCCAAAGCAAUGGCCUUCAUGGUUCUGUUCUCAGAGAGGCUCAGCCUGGCUGGUGCUGAGGUCUUCUACUCGAUGCUGGAUGUUUAGUUUGAGUUAGAGCUCUUUUGUAGAAGCUGUUACUUGAAGAAGAAGAAAAAAAAAGAGAUAAGCCAUAUGUCUGUCCUGGCAGUGGCAGAUCUGUUGUAAUAUGUUCUUCUAGUGAGUGGCUAAGCUGUUUUUUUUUGCUAUUUUAAUGGUGAGUUUUUUUUCAAAAAGCCUUUUUUCUAACCAAAGAACUGUUGGUGUUACACUAGGCACACAGGAGCCUUCCUGGACUGUGCUGGAAAGUGUCUGAGUAAUUAGUAAAUAAUGCAGGCUAGCUCGAAAUAAAGGAUGAGAAGGAAAAAAAUCA